AUGCUUAGAGACGUGUUUGCUCCGCUCUUGUUUCCGGUGCACUGCCCUUCAGAUGCGGAUAAAAAAACUAAGGCAGCUUUCCUGACGGAACUAAGAGGCUCAACGGCAACACCUGGUAUUGGUGGCAUCAGUGGUGCUGCUGCAAGGCAAGGAGGCAAGACUAAGCCAGAGGCUGCCACGUCAGCAGCAGCGGCAGCAGAGGAGCCGACGUGGUCCUUGUUGGCCGAUAGCUUUCAGCUGGGGCAGUCGAAUCUCAAGGGGUGGGACAAGGGUGAUGAGGCGCCCAUGGCGUUUGACCCCGAAGGGAUUGCAAUUGGGGAGCUUGAUGACGACGAGGAUGAGGGGGGAGGGGAGGAUGAUGAGGAUGAGGAGGAGAAGGAUGCUGUGGGCGAUAUGGAAGAGGAGGAAGAGGAUAGUGAGAGCGACGAGGAUGAAUGA